AUGUGGACGAAGGACACAUGCCUUCGAUUCCAACGUCAAAAUCACUUCGAGGGAAUAAGCGACGUAGAGACUCUGAAACGAUACGUACAAGGCCAAGAUCUUUUGAUAGUUCAAGCAAAGGGCGGAUGUUGGUCGAGCCUUGGAAAAGCAGGAGGCCUGCAACAGAUAUCUCUAGCGGACGCAUGUGAGACGAAGUCUAUCGCAGCUCACGAGAUUGGCCAUACUCUCGGUUUUUAUCAUACUAUGUCCAGGCAUGAUCGCAAUGACCACAUUAUAGUGAAUGUAGAAAAUAUCCAGAAAUACUGGGUAAGUCUAUUUGAGUGGAAGUCAUCAGAGAUGAACCAUAACUUCGGUUUGGACUACGACUAUGAUAGCAUCAUGCGCUAUCGCGCGUCAGACGCUGCAAUCAACCCUGAACUUCCAACGCUGACACCGUACGACAAGGACUAUCGAGAAACUCUUGGGUCGCCAUUCGUUUCAUUCAUCGACGCUUUAAUGCUGAACAAACUCUACGGAUGCGAUAGUGAGUUGGCGGAAUUGAUCAGUUUGAGGGAAAGUUGUUACGCUGGGGUACCACAUAUGAGCCACAAUGUGGGGGCACUUUCUGCUUCCAUCGGGAGAACUUAUUCUCGAAAUUUGUUGUACUACCAAGAACUACAGUCUUCGAAAGUAUGA